UAGAGUCUUCGAUUCUUAUUUUGUACUUCUACUUGUGUUAAAUAUACCUAUCCUGGAGUUUUAUACCGCUGCUCAUCACCACAGUAUUUGAGGGCCUUAUAUAUACUUCACUACUGCUAUUUUAUGUCUGUGCACAUAUAGUUAUCUAGCAAAUCAAAGUUAGAUGUGUUUUCAGUUAUUCUAGGAUUUUGCUAUAUCCUUUUCUGCUUAAAUCAGGGCUGUAUAGGAAAAAAAUAUUGUGUGGCUGCAAAUAAUGGUCCAGUGUGCAUUUCCAGCCAAAAAUCCAAGCGUUACUGCACCAUAGAACCUCUCAAGGGAUAUGGUUACAUGCCUAUAAGAUCAUAUGACUGAGCCUGGCUAUCAAAUGCUUUUGUUGCUUUUUAUCUCCUUUUAAACUUUCCUGGAUUGCCAUUUGUUUCUUACUUCGUAGUGGAUGGCAACAUUCACAGGCUGACUUUCAUAAACAGGUAUUAAGAUUUAAAAUCACAUGCUAACUUCAAGAAAAAAUCAGUUUAGGGGUUUCGGUUAGUACAUCUGCCCCUGAAACCACUACUAAUUUUUGGUAUUUGCUGUCACUCUUGUUUUUCUACUUAUUUGUAAAUGGCUUUUUUUCCUUCUGGUUUCUGCGUGAAAGACCCACAAAUGGGAAAUUCUGUAGAUGACAAAUGUGGUCAAAUGCACAAAGUAAACUUUUUUUUUUCCUGCUCUUUUGGUAAUUGUAGGUGUUCUCGCAGGAGUAAAACCUUGAGACAAAAGGAAUUUAACUUUCCCUCUAACCUUUUUUAGUACUCUUGAAUUUAAAUGAUUUUCUGUACAAACAAAUGAUCUAAAGCUUUUCAAAACUUUUGUACGUCUUUGUAAUGGAUAAAAAUCAUAUGGAAAAUGACCAAACUACCUUCAGUAGCCAGCCCUUCCUACAAGUAAUCUCUUCAAAGGCUCCCAAAGGUUUCAAGUACAAUUCUUGAUCUGUUCUUAAAGCCCACCACUACUAAAUUAAAAAGUUUUUUGUUUUGACCCUUGUGGGGUCAUUUUAAGACCAGUUUCACUGUACAAAAUGUUAUGUUGUGGUUUUGAGCAGCUGGUCUAGAAGUUGCUUUUUAGGCACUUCUGAGUGAUUCUCACUAAACUAACUUUCAUUUUCAUAGAGCCUAACACACACUGGUGAAUUACAUGUUCCAUCACAUCCUUUUUACAUAUGGAGUUUUAAAUCUAGAAAUGAAUGUCACUGGCAUAAACCUUAUUAAAAAUCAUUUUUUAUUCCCAUCCCUUUGUCUUGCUUAGGCAAUAACUACUCCAGCCAUGGCUGUCAGUCAUAUUAUGUUGGAAUCAUAUAAAAAGUACAUUCUAGUUUCUUUGAUACUACUUGGCAAAGUUCAACAGCUACCGAAGUACACCUCUCAGAUAGUGGGUAGAUUCAUUAAGCCCCUUAGUAAUGCGUACCAUGAAUUAGCACAAGUUUAUUCAACCAAUAAACCAUCGGAGCUCCGAAACUUGGUCAACAAACAUAGUGAAACAUUCACCAGAGAUAACAAUAUGGGGCUGGUUAAGCAGUGCUUGUCAUCUCUUUAUAAAAAGAAUAUACAGAGGUUAACCAAGACAUUUUUAACCCUGUCAUUACAAGAUAUGGCAAGUAGAGUGCAGCUCUCGGGGCCCCAGGAAGCAGAAAAAUACGUCCUUCACAUGAUAGAAGAUGGUGAAAUCUUUGCAAGUAUUAAUCAGAAAGAUGGUAUGGUCUGUUUCCAUGAUAAUCCUGAAAAAUACAACAAUCCGGCUAUGCUUCAUAACAUUGAUCAGGAGAUGCUGAAGUGUAUAGAGCUUGACGAACGACUGAAAGCCAUGGAUCAAGAGAUCACUGUGAACCCUCAGUUUGUGCAGAAGAGUAUGGGCUCUCAAGAAGAUGAUUCAGGAAACAAACCUUCAAGUUAUUCUUGAAAUUAACAUUGGCCACUAUUCUGUUUUAAAGUAAAAGCUAAAGAAAACCACCUUUUGGACUGGGCCUUGAAAAGUCCUAUGAAGAGAGCAGAGAGAACUGAGGCUUUCACCUGGACAUAUAGAAAAUAAAAUGACACCUUCUCAGUACUGUAUGAUUUCAAAAAUAUUCUCUGCAAAGAAAGGAAAUCUCAAAGAAAUUUUAAAGUCUGUUGUGGAUUUAUUUAUCUUCAGAUUAACAUCGUUAAUGCAUUAAAUAAUCUUCCUUUUGUUUUAAA